UCUGCCAGCUAGCAAGUUUCUGAAAAUAAAUAAAUAAAAAAUCCCCUCCCUAUCCUUGAUGCCAACGACUUCAUAAUCCAUAAUACAAAUAAUUAUUAAUACUUCAGUUUCCAUAACAUCACCCCAAAGGCGCUGUUGUCCGUUUAAACGAAUAAAUAAAAAUUAUUCAGAUUAGCUGUUAGCGGAUUAGCUUCAGGCUGUUUAACAGAAGGUCCUGCGCAGAGACAAAAUGAAACUCUACAGUUUGAGCGUGUUGUAUAAAGGUUCAACGAAGGCCAACCUGCUUAAAGCUGCGUAUGAUCUGUCAUCCUUUAGUUUCUUCCAGAGAUCCAGUCUGCAGGAGUUUAUGAUGUUCACCAGCGCGCUGAUUGUUGAACGUUCAGCGCUAGGAAGUCGUGCGUCUGUCAAAGAACAAGAGUACUUGUGUCAUGUAUACGUGCGCAGUGACAAUCUUGGAGCCGUGGUGAUCGCAGACAGUGAAUAUCCCUCCAGAGUGUGUUUUACUUUACUUGAUAAGGUGUUGGAUGAGUUCUCCAGGCAGGUGAACAGCAUCGACUGGCCGUCUGGGUCACCAGCGACUAUACAGUACACAGCACUGGACAGUUACCUGGCGAGAUACCAGAAUCCUCGUGAGGCGGACGCUAUGACCAAAGUGCAAGCUGAAUUGGACGAAACCAAAAUUAUUUUGCACAACACAAUGGAGUCGCUCCUAGAGAGAGGAGAGAAACUGGAUGAUUUAGUGCAGAAAUCUGAGCAUCUGGGAAACCAAUCGAAAGCCUUUUAUAAAACGGCACGCAAGCAGAACUCGUGCUGUGAGGUCAUGUGAUCACUAUGAAGUAUCUAAUUGGACUGGACUCUUUUCGGCCACUCUUCCUCUCUCUUUCUCUGUUUUUUUUCUCUCUUUCUCUCUUUUGGUCUGGGCUGGUACCCUCACUGUGCAUCAGUCAUGGUAAAUGCAGAACAGAGGGAACUGAACUGACAUUAUACAAUAAAAGGCUCAGAGGGGGCUGAUUUCCCAUCAUGCACCACACUUACUCUGCCAUUGGUUUUGAUGUUGUUUUUGGAGUCCCUUUGAAGGGUACGUGAAGCUCUCGACGGUUCCUCAGGGUCUGGCCCAAACGCGAAACGGAUACGAUAAAAGCAUAGAUGGGGUCGUGAUACACGUCCCCGCUGUGCCUUACUGGUAGACGACAAAAAUGUUGAUAUUAGACAGCUAUCCAGACUGUUUAAUUAGCCUUAUAAACGAAGGACAUUUUGGGUGAAAAUGCUGCAAUCUCAAUUUAGUACUUAUUAUUCGGCUUUGGCAGUUUUGAAGCGCCUUGUAGAGUGAAAAAGUAGUGUUUCGUCCUGGGUGAAUCCUUUUUUUAAAUGUGAAAACGCUAAAUAAUGUGUUCAUAACUUUUGGAUUUAAAUGACUUUCUGGAGUGAUAUUUGCAUAAAUCUUCGACAUUGUGCACAGUGUAAGUGGCUGACCAAAUUAAAUGUUUCCAAGUCUGUUUCUAUAGUUAUGUGUACAAUUCUGAUACUUUUCUCUCUUGAAAAUGUAAAUAAAUAAGUAAAUCAUAUUGACUUUGGUUUCCUGCAUCAUUUCCUGGAGUUUUUAUUGCAAUUCGGGUUUUAAUACUUUGUCACUGCACAUACAAAACAUUCCUGCAAUAUUUUGUUUUGAUUAAAACAAGUUAUACUGUAAAUAUACCAGCAAGCGAUUUAUAAAGAAUAUGUGAUAUUUGAAAAUGUUAAUAAAGCCUUAAAGUGUGGUUUGCUUUGAAAUCAGCCUCCCUGACCCCUGUGCAAUGGUAGGUGGAGUUAUCUCCGCAAUCCCAUGUGUAAAUCAGUGCUGUUUUUGUGGUUGUGCUCACUUUGGUCAAUUGAAACUUGCUGGACCUCACAAAUGCUGUAUUGACAUGAAUCUCGUAAAAACUCCAAAAUAAAUAAAAAAGAGAAAUUAUAUUUUGCAUGAUAAAAAGGAAGCCUAUUUUUUAAUUGUGGCUAUUUCGAUUUAUAUUUAAACACACAACUCCCCCAAAAGUGUCUUUGCUGUAAUGCACAGUGUUGGAGAAGUAACUUUGAAACGGUUGCUUUCUAAGCUUCAAACUACUUCAUAACUUAACUCUCCUAUGGUAUUUAAAAAUGGCACCUCCCUUUGGUAUUCAUGGUCAUUUUUGACCGGAAGUGUCAGAUGUGUAACUUUUUAUUUUAUUUUAUUUAUUUAUGAUGAUGAUGAUACCAUUUCUUCUUCCCUGAAGUAAGAACAAUAAAAUUAUGCAUUUAUUUUGGGAUGCUAUUUUGAUGUUAUUUACAUUUAUAAAUGUUAUCUUUCAUUUGUAUAUACAAAUAAGCAAAUAAAAAAAACUUUUUUUUAAAAAAUUUUUUAUAACCUACACUUCUAUAAGUCGAAACAUGAAAAAAAUGAGAAUUGUGACAUGAAUUGGAGGCAGAUUGCUGCCAUCUGGUGAACAAAAUAUAAAUAACAUGACUCGAACACCAUGUCAUGCCAGUAACAGCCAGUAGAUGACUGUAGACACAUACUGUGUAGUCUGACGACUUGUAACCUAAUUUGAUCACAAGAGAUGCAUUUGGAUAUAUAUUAAAACAUUAUCAAACUAUUAUUUGUCCAAGUUUAGCAUUUUAAAAUUGAUUUGAAGUGUGCAGUUAAUGUCAUUAUGCUUGCAAUCACACCUGACCAUGGUGUUACUAAGAGAAGACACUGAAUAAGCAUUUUUCUACCAUUAAUUUAUUUCAAACAUAAAAAUUCAAAGUAAAUGCAUAAUAAUGUCAAGAAAAUGAACAUCAAGAUCUGCAAAAUUCUGAAAAUUCAGUUAUAGUGUAAAACAGAAGAAUCACAGUAAACGUUAUGCAAUUUCAAACUUUCUAUAGUAAAACUUUAUUUAGUAAAUGCGUGAGUGUUUCUGUGUGUGUGUGUGUGUGUGUCAGAUUGCUGUCAUCAGCUGGAAAAUAACAGAUGACUUGUAAUGUCAACAAUUACAAAAGAUGGCUGUAGAGCUCACUUAUGGAUGCCCUUGUUCUCUCUCUCUCUCUCGUGUGUGUGUGUGUGUGUGUGUGUGUGUUUGUGUGUGUGUGUGUGUGUUUUCUGCAUUGUGUUAUCAUCUCACCCCUUCAUUUCUGAGUGUGUGUGUGUUUAGCAUUGUGACUGAUUUAUUUUUAUUUUUCUGACAAAUGAAAAAAGAAAAAAAAAAGCUCUGUUAUAAUCUCACCAGUUCAUUUGUGUGUGGGUGGGUGUGUACGGUAUGUUUUGCACUGAGGAUGUUUUAGAGUCUCACCCUGUAAUUUGUGUCUGUUUUUUGUUUUGUUUUUUGUCUUUUCCAUUAAUUUUCAGUGGUCGGUCGAUUUUGACCGCGAAUACCAAAGGUGGCGCUUUUUUUAUUUUUUUAACGACCAUUUAGACUUAUCGAAUCAUGCCCAUUUUUUUAUUAUUAUUAUUAUUUGUAUGUUCAGAUAGCAAAUGGAGGAAAAAUCUCCAAGUCUUGUACUGCUUAGAUCAUUAUUAAAUGAGGGAAAUUAUUUUGGUAAAAAAUGACAGAAUACCAAUGGAGGGUUAAAAUAGUUAAAAUACAGUCAAGCUAGUCUUUUUUUUAAUUAAAAGUAAAUAGCUACAUUACAAGUUGCUAACAAAAAGUAGCUAACUUCAUUGAAGCUAUUUAAAGUGAAAAUAUGGUAACAGUUUACAAUAACGUAGCAUUUGUUAACAUUAGUAAACAACAUAAUUUAACAGGACUUUUACAGCAGUUAUUCAUCUUGGUCGCAAAAUAUACUAAUUGAUAUUAUAAUAAGUUGUUAUUAAUUCAUGUUAUUUCAUAAUGCAUUAACUAAUGUUAACUGUAUUUUCAUAAAUUACGAUUAACUAAGAUUAAUAAAUACUGUUAAAAAACAUAUUGUUCAUUGUCAGUUCAUACAUAAUAAUUCUUACUAAUGUUAACAAAUUGAACCUAAGUGUACCGAAAAUAAUUUUAAAAUACAUUCAAUUCAAGGUUGACAUUGAACUAAUUGAACUAAUAACUGGACUAUUACAUUAAAUCAUAUAAAUGUAUACUAAAUAUAACACUCGAAAUAACCCUAUUUCAUAUAACGGGGUCAUAAUAUACUGAUAAAUAUCAGCAGUUAACUAAAUUUUGCAUUUAAAAAUAAAGAGGACAAUGUGCCUUUAAGGCUGCACAUGGGCUAAAGUAAAUCAUGAAUUAGUGAAUCGUGAGUCGUUUAUGUGAACUAGUUUAGUGAAUCAUCAUUAGUGAAUCAUUUACGUGAACAGAGUCACUAAAAUGAAUUGGAGUUCCCAACGGUGAGUAUGAGUGAAUCGUUCAUUGUAACCGGUUCAUUUACCUGAACUGUUCGAGAGAACAGAUUCACUUAAACGAUUCAAAUUUCCCUGCACUACAAAUGACACGCGGCGCGUUUGAUUCUUACCUCGCUCGUUUGCUGCGUGCGCAAUAUAACGUGACACACGUACUGUAGCGAUUUGUAACCCUACAGCGCUACUCGGAAAAUGUAGCUCGUUACUGAGCGAAACGCUACUGAACAAUGUAAUUAUAGCGUUGCUACGUUAGUUAAUCCCCAACACUGGUAACGCAUCAUGUUUUACUUUUUUGUAAUUCUCACUACUCUCAAUGGAGAUUCUCUUUACUGUUAUUCAGUCAUUUUUACAGGAUGACUACCGUAGUACAAUGUUUUCUUUAGAUCGGCGUAAGCUCGUACAGCUAAUAUCACCAUGAUGUACAAAUACUUUACAUUUUAAAUGUUAUACAAUUAUAAUUUUUUAGUAUCUUAAUAGUCCUAAACAUAGGCUUCAUUCUUUUGAUGCAAAUUUGUAUUUCAUUUUUGAAAAAUAAUUUUUAUCCCAUUUCUCCCAAUUUGGAAUGCCCAAUUCCCACUACUUAGUAGGUCCUCGUGGUGGCGCGGUUACUCACCUCAAUCUGGGUGGCGGAGGACAAGUCUCAGUUGCCUCCACUUCUGAGACCGUCAAUCCGCGCAUCUUAUCAUGUGACUCGUUGUGUAUGACACCGCGGAGACUCACAGCAUGUGGAGGCUCAUGCUACUCUCUGUGAUCCAUGCACAACUCACCACAUGCCCCAUUGAGAGCGAGAACCACUAAUCGCGACCACGAGGAGGUUACCCCAUGUGACUCUACCCUCCCUAGCAACCAAGCCAAUUUGGUUGCUUAGGAGACCUGGCUGGAGUCACUCAGCACACCCUGGAUUCGAACUCGUGACUCCAGGGGUGGCAGUCAGCAUCAAUACUCGCUGAGAUACCCAGGCCCCCCUGCAAAUUUGUAUUUCUUUUUUUUUUUUUUUUUUUUUAUGUUUUACUCUUUUACACUUUACAUCUAACGAUGCUUUUGCUGCUAACAGCCUCAAGGCUCAAUUCUUGUAUUGUGGUUCAGAGUUAACCUUUUUCUUUUCUAUAAUGCUUUUAAAAUCCAUGCACAAAAGUUUGGGGUGGAAGCUGCUGUAAAACCAUCUAAAACUAGAGCAAAGUUUUGUAUUGUUGAUGUUUUUUCUAGUCGAAAGGCUCUAAGCGGAGACUGCACAUCCUUAAAUUCAUUCCUACCAUUUAUGCUGUGGUUUUUAUACAUCAUCAGACCAGACGUGGAUUAUUAUUUCUCACUCCAUGAAAUGUUGUGUGUAAAUCUUCAGUAAAUGUUUGUACUGCAUUUUCAUUGGUGUGCAUGUAUGAUUGAGAUUUCAGCACAGGUGUGACCAGUGUGUUCAUGAUAAUACAGGAAAUAGAACAGUGUUAUACUGAGAAUAUUUGUGUGCUCAGUUUAUGUGGCUUCUCUUUGCCUCAGCAAUGUAACUAACUGUUGAUAUAGUUGAAGUGGUGCCUUUUUCUGGUAUUUGCCAAACCAUUGCCGGCUCAUUUUACUAGCUUGCCAUUGUGGCAAAGCACUAAAUGAUGUUAUAAAAAAAUGGUACCCUAUCACAUAUACAUUAAAUGUACUAAAAUGUAACGUGUGCUAAUAAAUAGUUGGCAUUAACAAAA